UCCAACCUUCAGGACUUUUCGUGACGCGAUUUGUGUUUCGCUUGACCCACGCUUUUGCUAAAAGUCCUCCUUUGAAGCCGUCUCUCUCUCUCUCUCACACAUAUAUUGACUGUGGGCGGGUGCAAACUCUUCAUUCUUGCGAGGCUAUCUCCCUCAUUUGGUGGAACUUCUGAGGAUCAUUGUUGAUCUCUGUACAGUUCUAUAGUAUCGUUGUUUCAUCUGCAAGAUCUUGUACACCGUCAUAUUUCUGACUGGAUUCUGCAUAUUAUUCAUUGGAAAAUGUUUGGUUUAAAGAAAUCUCCUGUGAAGAUUGCUAAACAUAACUCAGUUGACCCUGGAUAUCCUGUUCACUCUGGCUCGAACCCUUUUGAUGAUGAUUUGGAUAUUAAGAAAAAGCAUAAUUCCUCUAGGAGGACUUCUUCUGAGCCUGACCUACUUGCACCAAAUUUUGGCACCAACCCUUUUGAUGAUGAUGAGGGGAAAACAACCUCUUCUUCUUCAUCUUCAUAUGUGCAUACCUCAGCAGCGAGAAACCGGUACAAGAAUGAUUUCCGUGACUCAGGUGGAUUAGAGAAUCAAUCAGUGCAAGAACUGGAGAACCUUGCUGUGUACAAGGCUGAGGAGACCACGAAGUCAGUCAACAGCUGCCUGAAGAUAGCAGAGGACAUAAGAGAGGAUGCGACCAAAACUUUGGUUGUCUUGCACCAGCAGGGUGAGCAAAUUACCAGGACCCACAUGGUUGCUGCCGAUAUUGAUCAUGAUCUUAGUCGGGGUGAGAAGCUUCUGGGUAGUCUUGGAGGCAUGUUCUCUAAGACUUGGAAGCCAAAGAAGACACGCCCAAUACAAGGCCCUGUUAUCACAGGAGAAAAUUCAGCCAGAAGAAAUGGUAGCCACUUGGAGCAGAGAGAGAAGUUAGGCAUAACUUCUGCACCCAGGGGACGGUCCAACACACUAAACCCACCUGCUGAACCAACAAAUGCACUUCAGAAAGUUGAGGUGGAAAAGGUGAAGCAGGAUGAUGGACUAAAUGAUCUAAGUAAUCUCUUGGUUGAGCUCAAGGGGAUGGCUGUGGACAUGGGGACAGAAAUUGGGAGCCAGAACAAGGCUCUGGAUCAUCUCCAGGAUGAUGUUGAUGUGCUGGGCUUCCGUGUAAAAGAGGGUAAUCGACGUGCUCGUCAUUUACUUCACAAGUAGAGCCCAAAUUCAUCAGAGCUCAAACUCUCUCUUUCUUUUUUUCUUUUUUGUUAUGCGAUUAUGGACAUGGAUUAGACAAUCUUUUGUCAUCUACAAACAACAUUGACACAAUAUUUGUAUACCAGGAUCUUACUUCCAGUCUUAUGCCAUUUUACGCCUUAAUACUUCUUUGAAUA